UUGGGUACGUUGGGCAUUACCCUGCUACUUUGGUUGAUCUUCUACCGACGGCUCGUUCCACUGAAGAUACCCGAUCUAUCGUGCGGUGAAUACAUGAAAUAUCCGAAUGGAGUAAAGUACCGCAUGUGA